AUGCGGCUUCGCCUGAGGUCUCGCCUCUUCGUCGACGACUCAGUGGGCGCGCAGUCCAUGGGCCAGCGCUUGCAGAAGGUUUUGCUCACCAACACGUUCGAUUUGGACAUGGAGAACUUCUUGUUCUGCAUCCUUCCGCAGAUGUUGAAGCGGCUGAGCCUCCUGGACGAGAAGGUUUUCGCAGAAGAAUUUGCAGUCCUUGAUCGUCUCCAAAAGAAUCGGCGCGAAGUUUGCGAGCAGGAACUCGGCGUGAGAAUGUCUGUCGGCAAAAGGAUUCCCUUGGAGGUCGCGUGCGGGGCAUCCGCGCCCGCUGCUUUCAAGGGGAAUGAGUUCCUUGCUGCCCUGUCCAGGGCGUCCAGGAUGCUGAGGUGGCUGGCGGUUUCGCUGCUGCCUGACGUGCACCGCGCGAUGCAACAGCAGGAGGGGAAACGGGCGGAGGCUUCUACAUUUAGUUAUCUAUGGCAGGGCGUAGAGAACAACAUAUUGCAGCACGUCGUCAAUUUCGUAUGCGAGGAGCGCGUGAAGCACCUGUCCUUGCAUUUCGACGGCGUGCGCGUGGACGUGGACCGCGUCGCCGCGACGGGGAGCUUGGGAGAUUUCUGCUCGGGCUGCUCUGAGCGAGUUCAAGCCGCCACCGGCUACGCCGUCACGUUGCGCAACAAGGAGCAUUCCUAUUUCUUCGACCUCCUGCGUGCGAAGAGCGCGGCAGUCGUUGAUGAGGGCGGCCCGCGCAGCAACGAAGACAACAAGCAUCUGCUUCUACGGGGCAACUGCAUACCCUGCGCGUUCGCAGCAGUGACUGAUCAGUGGCAGAGCGUGCGAGAGAAGAUUUUGGAGCAGCCGGUCGAGGAUGUCAGGAAGUACCGCGACGCGGCAGAAGUGCUGGGCACGAGAUUCUUUCCGCGGGCGAGCCUCCUGGACUGCCAGGAAGGGGGCUCCCUUCUUCGCGCGGAGAACGGCGGGCUUCCGCAUUGCGUCGGCGCGCUGAUCCAGGGCGGGAGCGUCGUGAUCUGCGAGAAGGGCGCUGCUCGUAAGAUGAGUGUUUUUGAUUUCGAGGAAUGCUACGCCAGCGCGCUCGACAUGAAGAUGGUCGUGGCUUUCCGUCUGGGCGAUAGCAUUGAUGCUGAGGAGAGCGCGCGGCUGGACGGGCUGCUGGAUCUCCUGGCUGUUGGCCGAUGGGAAGAUGACGGGCCGACUCCGCCGUCGAGGAAGCGACGUCGCCUCGCCUCCCAGGCGGCAAGAGCAGCGCGCGGCAGCCCUGUGUCAUCGUCUUCGCCGUCCCCGACACCUUCAGCGCGCUCCGCGACCCGUUCGAACAUCAACUCCAGGCGCCACAAUGAAAACCUCAAUUUCUUCGAACUGCUGCACGCGAAGGGCUUGGCGGUAGACGAUUACGACAGCGGCGCGCCGAGCAGUGCGGACGACCAGCUGUUUCGGCGCGGCAACUGCAUACCCUGCGCGCUCGCAGCAGUGACUGGACAGUGGCAGAGCGUGCGAGAGAAGAUUGUGGAGCAGCAGGCCGAGGAUUUCAGGAAGUACCGCGACGCGGCAGAGCUGCUGGGCACGCGAUUUUUCCCGCGGACCAGUCUCCAGGAUUGCACUGAGGGGUGCUACCUUCUUCACGCGGAGAACGGCGGGCUUCCGCGCUGCGUCGGCGCGGUGAUCCAAUGCGGGGAGGUCGUGAUCUGCGAGAAAGGCAAGGCGCAGAAGAUGAGCGUGUCCGUUUUCGCGGAGUGCUACGCCAGCGCGCUCGACAUCAAGACGGUCGUGGCUUUCCGCCUGGAUGAUGGCAUUGACGAUGACGAGAGCGCGCAGUUGGACGGGCUGCUGGAUCUACUGGCCGCUGGAGACGACGAGGGCGGCGAAGCCAGUUGCGACGAGGAGAGCUGUGACGAAGGCACUGUAGACGUACGCUCCGAGCUACUGCGGGCGCUGAAGGCGGAGGUGGACGCCGCGAAAGCGGCCGUGGGUCGCGGCCGCCAGUCGCGUUGCAUUCUCUGCCCCUUCAAGGAGUUCGACAUGAGCAGCCCCAAGGCGAAGCGGAACUUGCUGACGCACCUGUCGAAUUAUCAUAACCCAGAGAAGAAGAGCCAACGAACUGGUACGAGGCAGAUGGGCUGCGGUAACUACGUGGCGUCUGGCACGAAGCAGAUGAAGAUGGUCUUCGCGAUGUUCGAUUCCGACCGAUGCCAGGGAAAAAGCCAGGGACGGUAUCUCGAACGCAGUGCCCAGAUGUUGCGACAGAGUGUGAAGCCUGCGCUGACCUGCCUCAGGAUUGAUCGCGACAUCCGUCUCCUGUUGGACGGCGCUGGCCCGACGUUCAUCAACGCAGCCGCUGUCCAGUCCUGGCCGUUCGAGGGCCCGACGACGCUGGCGAGGCGUGUCGGGGAUACGUACUACAGCCACGCAUUCGCGGAGAUUUUCUUCAAGGAGUUCAUGCUGAACUACGGGCGCGUUCGGCCCACUCGCGCGCGCAUCGUGGUGAGAUGCGCGGAGGCAGGGUCGCAGCUGACGCACUUGCUUCCGCAGAAGGUCCCCCAAUGGCUGGAGCUGUUGGAAGAUCUCCUCAGCGCGCCAUUUGUUCGCGCUGCGCGCGAUCAACUCAUGCAGCAGUUGCUCGAUCACGACGAGUUCGUGCACGUGUCGAUCGACGCCGCCAUCAGGGCGGCCAUGCGCAUCAAAGGGCAGGCGAAUUACCGGGACUCUGCGGAGAAGAGAGCCGCCGCGCCAUUUGACGACACGGUGGCCAAGAGGCGCAUCCUCACGGUGCGCGGCCGCACGGCGGCCGUCGCAGGCAUGUGGCCGAUCGCGUCUGAGGCCGCGCGGAACAUCAAGGAUAUGCUUCAGAUGCGUCUUCCACAAGCAGCUCUCGAUCAGUGCCGCUCGAUCGCGACGGACGAACCUUCUGGUGAGUUGUACGGCCAGUUGCUAGAGAUCUGCAAGAAUCUGACGUGGCUCAGCUUGGACCCAGUGCACCUAGCCAUCGUUUACAACUCGACUGUGCCGAGGCCAGGGCAGACAGCGCUGCGCACGGUUCUGAACAAAUUCAACAAUAUUGAUUAUCAGGCUACCUCGGACGCGUGGGGCCCAGCGUAUACUGGCGGACAAUUGCAACCUCUGACCCCAGAUCAGAACAGAAGUCGGGACGCAGUGAAGAACGGCAGCAUGCCCAGCCGAGAGGCGCAGCGCCUCCUGGACAAUCUGAACGGGGAAGAGCCUUUUAAGAUCACCGAUGAUUUCGUCAGAGCCACGGCGGCUAUUACAUCAGUGUACUGGGAUGAGGUGAACCGGGGCACGGCGAGCGGGCGGCUCUUAGUAGAUGUGCUCUGGUCGGCUACGUCGGUGGAGCGGGCGCAGUUCUUGUUCAACAACACGCGGAUGCGCCACUCCCUACCCAAGAAGUGCCAAUCGCUGAUUGGUUCUGGCACGUCGCCGAACGAGGCGCUGCACGCCGAGGUCAACAAGUGGUUCCGCAACCAGCCCGAGCUCUACCUUGAGACGCUGGAACUGCAGCUGGCGGCGGCCACCCACGCCAAGCUGAUCGCGCACAACGCCGCCAUGUACGCGCCAGCUCUGAGAGCGCUCACCUCGCAGACUGUGCUCGCGACUGCGAUGGGCCGCCAGCUCGCAUCCCCUGACGAAUGGCAGCGCAUCUGCGCGGCGCAGGCAUCGGGCGUUGGCGCGCCUGCGAAGGCGUGCCUGCCCAAGAGCGCCCAGCGGAAGGCUUCUCAGCCAUUGGCCAAGCAGUGGGCAAAGGAUCGUAAGAACUUUAAAUCUAUCGUUCGGAAGAGGCCGGCGGCAAUGAAGGCUGCGCAGAAGAGGCCGGCGGCAAUGAAGGGGGUCAAGCGCACUCCCUUCAAUAGGAAGCGAGUCAUCCGUUAG